AAUAUAGCACUCUACGCUUAAACACUCUAACUCAAUCGAAAAUUACUCUAAAUUUUAACUCCCAGUAUUUUUAACUCUUGUAAGAUAAAAACUAAACACUUUUAGCUAUGACCGAUUCGGAUGAGACCGCCUGGAUUCACUGGUUCUGCAAGCAGCGCGGCAAUGAGUUCUUCUGCGAGGUGGAUGAGGACUACAUCCAGGACAAGUUCAACCUCAACUUCCUAGACUCGAAUGUGAAUAACUAUCGCUGUGCGCUGGAGGUGAUCCUGGAUCUUAAUUCGGGAUCUGCCUCGGAUAUGCCCGCAGAACCGGAACUGGAGGCCAGUGCCGAGAAGCUGUAUGGCUUGAUCCACGCUCGCUUCAUUCUCACAAAUCGAGGAAUCGAGCUGAUGCUGAAUAAGUUCUACAAGGGGGAGUUUGGUACUUGUCCCCGAGCCUUCUGCCAACGACAACCUGUGCUGCCCAUCGGAUUGAGCGACAAUCCUGGCGAGGAAAUGGUCCGCAUCUAUUGCCCCAAGUGCAACGAUGUUUACUUCCCGAAGGCAGCACGCCAUUCCAAUUUGGAUGGGGCCUUCUUCGGCACAGGAUUCCCUCACAUGCUCUUCAUGGUGAAUCCGGAGGCAAGGCCCAAAAGGACCAAGCAGAAGUUUGUGCCCAGGCUUUAUGGCUUCAAGAUCCACCAGCUGGCCUACCGAUCACCGAAUGAUCUCUUCAAGGAGACGCCAGUGCAAGACAUCGAUUCCCCAGCUCCCCACCUCUGAUCCCUUAUGCGAAAUUUCUCAUGUGAAACUGUCUUGUGCCCGUUGUAUAGCUACUGCUUUUUUUUUUUUUGGCUGGUUGGCUUUUUAGCUCAUUAAACUCUCAUAACCAUAA